AGGGCUGAGGAUGGCUGUGCCUGGCUACUUCCCGCUGCUGGUCGAGGGGUCCUGGGGUCCCGAUCCCCCUGAUCCCCGCGAUCCCCCGAAGAGCUUGAUCACCAAGUUGCAGUUGUACUUCCGGAACCAGAAGAGAUCCGGAGGCGGGGAGUGUGUGGUCCUACAGGAACUCGGCAGCCCAGCCUGCUUCCUAGUGCUCUUCCACCAGCUUGAAGUUCGGCAGAACGUUCUGGAGAGAGAGAACCAUGAGUUAGCAUUGCCAGGAAGAGGAACAUUUAAGUUAACGGUCAAGUUGCCUCCAGCCACAAAUGAAGUCCAUGAUGCCUCUAAGGAGAAAAUUCCAGCAAAGGAAUCCAAGACCAAAGAACAUGCCAAUGAACCAGAUGCAUCAGAAGAUACACAAAUCUCUCUCAACAAAAGAUCAGAAAAAAUAGAAGCUAUCCCAAAGCAAUGUGAAAAUAUUCCCUCUUUGGUUGCAUUUGAAAAUCUCAAAGCAAAUGUGACUGACAUGAUGCUAACCUGGUUGGUGGAGAGCAUAAGUGGCCUGUCCAGUGCUGAUUUUGAAGUGGAAGUAAUACGAGAUUUUGAUGUUGGCGUAGUUACCUUUCGAACAUACAUAGAUGUCAUGAAAUUUGUUGAAGAUUGUUUCAUGCGCUAUGCAGUGACACAACUUCAGCUUUCUCCAAGACUUCUGGAAGCAACAAAAAUGAUCAGGGUUGAAAACCUGCCACCUGGCAUUGACUCCUAUAAUUUGAAAUGUUUAUUUGAAAAUCCUCAAAAUGGAGGGGGAAGAGUUGUCAGUAUUGAAUAUUUUCCUGAAGAGAGUUCAGCUCUGAUAGAAUUUUUUGACAGAGAAGUGUUAGACACCAUCAUGACCAAGAAGCUUGACCUCAAUAAUAUGCCGCUCUCCGUGUUCCCAUAUUAUACCUCCUUGGGCACAGCUCUGUAUGGAAAGGAGAAGCCUCUGAUCAAGCUUCCAGCACCAUUUAAAGAAUCUUUGGAUCUUUCUUUAUGGAAGUUCUUACACAAAAGGAAUCAUCUGAUUGAGGAAAUAAAUGAAGAAGUGAGACGUUCUCACUGUGAGCUAACAUGGUCCCCACUCAAUGGUGAAGUUACCAUCAGACCUGCAGCCACCUUAGUCAAUCAAGGAAGAAAAAGAAUCAAGAACUGGAAGAAAGAUGCUUCCACAGCCUUCUUUGGCAUCAGGUCUAGAUUUAAAGUUACCCAAUUUAAAGUGUACCCAGUAGUGUGGGACCUCAUGAAAAAUGACUUAGAAGAUGAAAGAAUAUCGAUUGAGUUUGAUACAGAUCUGGGGAUUGCAACCUUAGUGGGGAAAUCAGAGGAUGUACAAAACAUUGAGCCACAAAUCAAGGAAUUAAUAGAAAACGGCACUCAAAAAGUUAAAAGUGAAGAGCACCAUUUAAAGGUAAAUCUGAAGGAGAAAGUGGCCAUGUCUCCAAAAAAGUAUUCUCUUUUGUGCCACAGCGGUGUGCAGGAGCAUCUCCGCAGGGAGUACCCAGAGAUGGAGAUUUUUUAUGACAGAGCCACCCAACACAUGUGCUUUAAAGGACUCGGCAUAGAUGUGUAUAAAGCAAAAUGUGAAGUCCAGGAAAAGGUGUACACCAUGGUUCAGAAAAGCAUUCAGCUUCCCCCGGAGGUUUUGCAGUUUUUGCAACAGGUCGACUGUUCAGAACUCUCCAAGUCUCUUUUGAUAGCACAGAAAAUUCUUGCAGUUUAUGAGCUAGAGGGCACAACUGUUUUCUUAACCGGCUGUUCUUCUGAAGUCCUCUUAGAAGCUGAGAAGCAAAUGGUCAGUGCCUUAAGUUAUAAGCGCAUAGACAUUGAGGACAGGGAAUUUCUUAACAGCAAGAGAUGGAAAGCCAUCACUAACAUUUUGUCAAAGAAACAUAAUUCCUCCUCAAAGACUGUAACGAUCAAUGAGUUAACUUCAGGAACCACAGCUGAGAUCCUUAUUGCAGGCUGUGUGAGAGAAGUAAAUGCAAUCUACCGCUUCCUUUCUGACUUUGUGGAAAAAAACAUGAAAAUAGAGAGAUUCCUUGAAAUAAAGCCUCCCUUAGUUAUUGAUUAUUUAAAGGCAGAGAAGAAGAUAUUCUGGCAAAAGAUAAAGAUGAACAAGCUAAAUGUUUGGAUAGAUUUCAAUGCUAGGAACAAUCCAAAAGGCAUUUUACUAACUGGCUCGAAGGCCGAAGUCCUGGAGGGAAUGAACAUCCUCAAGCAAGCCAGGGAUUCAGUUUGUGUUAAAAGCAUCAGUAUUGAUAAGCCAGGAGCCAGCCAGUCCUUCCGGGAUAGACCAUGGUAUUAUAAACGUGAGGUACGGUCAUUUGGUUGUUUUGUGGAACUACUGCAGAAUGAAGGAAAGAAGGAGGGAGGUGGCAGUGAUGGGCAGAAGUGCUCCUGUCGGACAGAAUUGGCCCCUGGAGUCUCGCUGAUUGUACAGCAAGGCGACUUGACACGCUUUCCUGUUGAAGUGGUGGUGAAUGCCGCAAAUGAGGACCUCCGUCUCAGUGGGGGCCUGGCUGCUGCUCUUUCAAAGGCAGCUGGCCCUGAGCUCCAAGCAGACUGUGACCGGAUAGUGAAGGAAAAGGGUAAGAUCCCAACUGGCCAUGCCACCAUCUCAAAACCAGGAAAGCUCCCAUACCACCAGGUGAUCCACGCAGUGGGACCCAAGUGGAACAGCAGUGAUGUUCUGGGGUGUGUGUUACAGUUAAAGAAUGCCGUGAAAAGAAGCCUCCAUUUGGCUGAUAAUUUCCAGUACCAAUCCAUAGCCAUCCCUGCCAUUAGUUCUGGAGACGGCGGCUUUCCCUUAUCCCAGUGUGUGGAGGCCAUUGUUUUGACCAUCAAGGAAUCCUUCCUGUAUAACUGGGCUGGAUGCACCUUGAAAGAGGUUUACCUUGUGGAUUUAGCUGAGAAGACUGUUGAGGCCUUUGCUGAAACUGUGAAAACUGUAUUUAAAAACAACAAGCCUGAUGCUGCUUCCCUGCCCAGUGUACCCGCAGGAGUCCAGCCAGGUCCAAGAAACACUGAUGGAAACAGAGAAAUGCUGUUGUGCCCAGGUGGUCUGAGGAUCCUGUUGGUGAAAGGAGAUGUGCAGAAUGCUAUGGCUGAUGUUGUCGUCAACUCCAUUCCUCGGGAUCUCAACCUUAAUAGUGGGCUCCUUUCUCAGGCCCUCUUGGCAAAAGCUGGGCCAAAUCUCCAGAAGGAAUUGAACACAGCUGGACAAGGGAUAGCUGUUGACGUGGGCACGAUUCUUCAAACCACUGGUUGUAAUCUGCAAUGCAACCAAGUGCUUCAUGUGGUGGCUCCGAGCUGGAACAAUGGCGACACAUCUUCACACAAGAUAAUGCAAGACAUAAUCAGAAAAUGUUUGGAAAUGACUGAGAACUUGUCCUUAAACUCAAUUGCGUUUCCAGCCAUAGGAACAGGCAAUUUGGGGUUUCCUAAGACUGUUUUUGCUGAAUUGAUCAUUUCAGAAGUGUUGAAAUUUAGUAGCAACAAUCAACCAACAGCUUUACAAGAGGUUUGCUUUGUGCUGCACCCGAGUGAUCACGGAAAUAUUCAGGCAUUUUCAGAUGAAUUUGACAGAAUAGCUAAUGGAAAUUUCAUCAGUGACAAAAUUGCCAAGAUUCAGAAUACACAAGGUUUGUAUGGGACUGUUACCAGCCCUGCUUCAGGAGUGUAUGAAAUGAAAAUUGGCCCCAUCAUCUUCCAGGUGGCCACUGGAGAUAUUGCUAAAGAAGCAGCAGAUGUGAUUGUAAAUUCAACAACAAAGACAUUUGAUCGCAAAGCAGGGGUCUCCAAAGCAAUUUUGGAAAAGGCUGGACAAAAUGUGGAAAUAGAAUGUUCUUGUCUAGCACAACAGCAGAACGAUGGUUAUAUAAUUACUGGUGGUGGAUCUCUGAAGUGCAAGAAUAUUAUUCAUGUCGUUGGUGGAGCUGAUGUCAAGAGAUCAGUUACCUGUGUUUUGCAAGAGUGUGAAAAACGGAAUCACUCGACCAUUUGCCUCCCAGCCAUUGGGACAGGACGUGCUCAACAAGACCCAGAUAAGGCUGCUGAAGCCAUAAUGGAUGCCAUUGAAGACUUUAUCCAGAAAGGACUAGUGCAGUCUGUGAAAAAAGUUAAAGUUGUUAUCUUUCAGCCUCAAAUAAUGGAUGUUUUUUGUGCCAACAUGAAAAAAAGAGAAGGCUCUCAGGCUCCCUCACAGUCUAUAAUGUCUAAAAUUGCAUCAUUUUUCGACUUCUCAAAGCAACCUUCCCCCAAACAAAAGCCUUUGGUUUUGGAGAAGAAAACAGAAUCAGCAAUUUUUCAGGUGUGUGGUGAAAAUGAAACAUCUGUACAAAAUGCCCUCUUCUGCCUACAGAAUCUGAUGGAAAAGGAACAGAGUCUUUACACCAGUGAAGAGGAAUGUAUCAGAGACUUUGAUGAAAAGGAGUAUCAGGAAUUGAAUAAGGUGCAGAAGGACUUGAAUAUUUUUGUGGACUUGGACCAUCAGAAACCUUUGAUUAAGGUUUCAGGAAUUAGCAGAGAUGUGGAAAAGGCUAGAAAUGCAGUUGAGGAGAUGAUCAAGACAGUUAGAUCAGCCAAAGAGCAGGAAUCCAGAGCUGAUUAUAUCACUGAGUUUGUAGAAUGGCAAUAUGACGACAAUAACACUUUUCGUAGUUUUGACAAAAUGACCAAUAUGAAAUUGGAGGAGGCAAGAAAAAAACAGGGAAAAACAGUUGAUGUCCAAAUUAAUAAUCAGAACUACACAGUGGACGUGAAAACAUGCUUUGCUACAGAUGCAAACGGACACAGUUUACAAAUUCAGCGCAUUAUGAAACCUCAAGUUGAGAUCCCUGGACACUGGAGUGAUAUGAAGCAGCAGCGUGUCUGUCUGGUUGAGCUACAGCCUGGCCAACCAGAAUACAGCAAAGUGGCAGAUGCCUUCAAUCAGACCUGCUCACAAUUCAAGAUAGAGAAGAUUGAGAGAAUCCAGAAUCGAAGUCUCUGGCAGUUCUACCAGACAAAGAAAAAAACCAUGGAUGACAAGAAUGGCCAUACACAAAAUGAGCAGCUGCUCUUCCAUGGGACAGAUGCUGACUCCUUGCCACAUGUCAAUCAACAUGGCUUUAACCGCAGUUAUGCAGGAAAGAAUGCUACGAAAUACGGAAAGGGAACCUACUUUGCUGUCAAGGCCAGUUAUUCUGCCCGUGAUACUUACUGCAGACCAGACGCAAAUGGGAAAAAGCAUAUGUACUAUGGGCGCGUGCUUACUGGAUUGUACACACUUGGAAAUCCUUCAUUACUUGAACCUCCUCCAAAAAAUCCUAAAAAUCCUCUUGACCUGUAUGAUACUGUCACAGAUAAUGUGAGCACUCCAAGUUUAUUUGUGGUAUUUUAUGACUACCAGGCUUACCCAGAAUACCUCAUUACUUUUAAAAAAUAACAUUUUGGAGGGUUGAACCAAGAUGGAGACAUUGGUAAACACUGGAAAUUGCUGCCUCGCACAAUCACUUCAAAACUUCGACUAAAAGACAAAAUGGACAUCAUCCAGAACCACAGGAAGGCUGGCUGAGUGGAAAUUCUACA